GGGCCCACCCCGGGCAAGGGCCGCAAGAACUCGGCGGCCGAGGUGGGGAGCGGGAGCGGCCGGGCGGGGGGCGCCCCCACCAAGGACAGCCGGCUGUCCCGCGACAGCCUGCAGGGGCUCAUCCAGGCCGCCGCAGGCAAGGGGCGCAAGAACUCCAGGACUACCGACGAGGAGCCCCCCCACCGGGGUGCGGCCAGGAGCUCGGGCUGCAGCACCUACAUCAACAGGCUCAUCAAGGUGGACACCCACGAGAAGAAUGGGAAGAACAGUUACCCCGGCGGCGGCGGCAGCAGCAGCAGCUCCUCCUCCUCCUCGGCGUCCUCGUCCCCUUCGUCCCUGGGCCCAGACCUGGACAAGGGCAAGAUUCUGAAGCAGCAAGACACGGUCAUCAUUUUAGAAGACUAUGCUGACCCCUAUGAUGCCAAGCGGACAAAAGGCCAGAGGGAUGCAGAGAGGGUCGGCGAGAACGAUGGGUACAUGGAGCCCUAUGACGCCCAGCAAAUGAUCACAGAAAUCAGACGGCGGGGCUCCAAAGACCCCCUGGUGAAGGCGCUGCAGCUGCUCGACAGCCCCUGCGAGCCCGCGGACAGCAGCCCGAAACCCGAGGCGCCCAGAGCGAACCCCAAGGAGCUCCUGGGGAAGCCGCCCCAGCUGUACGACACGCCCUACGAGCCGCCGGCCGCCGAAGCGGGCCCCGAGCGGAAGGCGCGGCCCGGGGACGGCCGGCUGCCCGAGAACGACGAGCGGCCGGCGGCCGAGUACGAGCAGCCGUGGGAGUGGAAGAAGGAGCAGAUCGUGCGCGCGCUGUCAGCCCAGUUCGAAGGAUCCGAGCGACCUUCUGCCAGGGAGGAGACGGGAAGGCAGCAACACCACCGGCAGAAGAGCUGGACCCAGAAGAUCCUGAAGCCAACCCUGUCCGACCACAGCGAGGGGGAGAGAGUGGACCCAGCCCUGCCCCUGGAGAAGCAGCCUUGGUACCAUGGUGCUAUCACGCGGGCAGAGGCUGAGACUCUGCUACAACCCUGCAGAGAAGCAGGUUACCUCGUCCGCAACAGCGAGUCGGGCAACAGCAGGUACUCCAUUGCCCUCAAGACCAGCCAAGGGUGUGUGCACAUCAUCGUGGCUCAGACCAAAGACAGCAAGUACACGCUGAACCAGACGAGCGCCGUGUUUGACAGCAUCCCUGAAGUGGUACACUAUUACUCCAAUGAGAAGCUGCCUUUCAAAGGGGCGGAGCACAUGACCUUACUCUACCCUGUGCACGCCAAGCUGCACUGAGGCCACUCAGCCAUGGGAAGCUGCUCCCCUCGCCUCACCGGGCCGACAGCUCCCUGGACCAGGCUGGAC